AUGUCUGCAUUCCCAAAACUUGAAAACCCAAAUUUGGAAGGGUAUUAUAUCACCAGAGCUAUGUGGUUGGAAUACUACAAUUCACAUGAAAAGACAUUUGUUGCCAAAAAGAAAUGCAGUGGCUGUUACAAUGACUCCAAAUUUGUUGUUUGGGCCAUUUCCGUUGGUGUACAAGCAGUGGUUGAUGCUGCACGAAUUUACCCAGACGAAUUCAAACCAUUAGUAGGUCCAGCAGUUGCCAUGUUUCAAAAAUACAAAAACAACAGUCUUAAGGGAUACUCUGCUGCCGAAGGUGGUGACAAAGACAUCUACUACGACGACGAUGCCCAAGUGGCAAGUGCAAUCAUCACUGCGUACGAGGUGACUGGUGAUAAACGAUACUUGGACCAAGGGAGAGAAUUGGUUCGGUUCUUGAUGGGAGGAUGGAACGAUAAUCCUAAUGCAGUCACAAAAGGUGGUGUGCACUGGCAUAUCUCCAAAAAGCUAUUGAAUGCCUGUACUACUGCCGAAGUUGCUAAAGCAUGCUUGCAAAUCUCGAAAUUUUUGCCAAAAGAAAGUCAAGUUUAUGUUGAUUUUGCAGCGAAGUGUAUAGACUGGCAAAUCAAAGUGUUGCAAGAUCCUCUGGAUAAACUCAUUAGAGAUGGUGUCGGUGAGGAUAGUGACAAGGUUGACAAUGUAAAGUGGAGUUACAACACUGGAACUACUUUAUCAGCAGCAGCCGAAUUGUACCACAUCACAAAGGAUAAGAAGUGGUUACAAAUCGCCACCGAUUUGGCCAAAGCAGGAAUCCAUCACAACUCGUUCUUUUACGAUCGUGAUUUCCCAGAUGAUAAGAGAUACUGGCGUGACUCGUCAUACUUUGUGCAAUUGUUGAUUGAAGGUCUCGCUGACUACUUGUUGUACGUUGAUCCAGAUGAUGUUCCCGAAGGUUUGGCUCAACAAAUCCACGAUGAGGUCAAGAGACACUUAAUUAUGUUUUACGAGUUUAUCAAAGAUCCAAAAGAUGGAAUGUACUUGCAAAGUUUUGAGCCUCACAACACAUACAAGGAAGUUUAUGAUGCAAAAUACCACGACUGGUUUGGAAAUGGAAAAGGAUGGGGUUUGAAAGGUGAAGAUAAAGAUGGCCAAGGAAACCCACAAAAGUGUCUUAUGGGUUACGGGUCCGCCGCUAGAGUGUUUUUUCAAGGUGCAAGAGUAGUUCCAAAAAUAGAUUAG